CUCGGACCCUACCGAGGAGCAGUCCGGCGCGUGACCCUGCAUGACCGGAACGCGCGAGCCGAGAGGCCCUGAAGCUGGAACUCUGGGACCCCCAUUGGGAGAAAGACGAGCAGAAAAGGCGAAACUAGACAACCUCGAUAGUGAUUGGAACUAAUUGAACGAGGGCGGAGCUAAACUCCCAGAUCACUGGCCAAUCAGAGUUUAAGAUUAUCAGGGAGACCGGGAAGGGGAAAGGGGCGAAAUGGUUCUAUGGUCACAUGCUGCAGGGUCUGGUGGGAGGAGCGGUUGCCCAGCAGCCUCUUGGCGCUUCCUGUUUCCGGUUCCCAGAGUGGGGCACCUCGAGGCGCUAGGUGCGACGCUGGCCUCUGACACUAGCUCCGGGACCGGGGUCUGCGGCCGGCCUCUAGCAGGCCCCGUCUCCCAUCCCCAGACUUAUAUUCACCGGGGAUUCUGAGCUUUGGCUGUUCCAGUUUCCCGCGACACGAUGUUCCCUUUCUACAGCUCCUGGAGGACUAGACUGCUACUGCUGCUACUCCUGGCUGUGGCAGUGAGAGAAUCCUGGCAGACAGAAGAAAAAACUUGUGACUUGGUAGGAGAAAAGGGUAAAGAAUCAGAGAAAGAGUUGGCUCUAGUGAAGAGGUUGAAACCACUGUUUAAUAAAAGCUUUGAGAGCACUGUGGGCCAGGGCUCAGAAACAUACAUCUACAUAUUUAGGGUGUGCCGAGAAGCUGGCAACCAUACUUCUGGGGCAGGCCUCGUGCAAAUCAACAAAAGUAAUGGGAAGGAGACAGUGGUAGGGAGACUCAACGAGACUCACAUCUUCAAUGGAAGUAAUUGGAUCAUGCUGAUCUAUAAAGGGGGUGAUGAAUAUGACAACCACUGUGGCAAGGAGCAGCGUCGUGCAGUGGUGAUGAUCUCCUGCAAUCGACACACCCUAGCGGACAAUUUUAACCCUGUGUCUGAGGAGCGAGGCAAAGUCCAAGAUUGUUUCUACCUCUUUGAGAUGGAUAGCAGCCUGGCCUGUUCCCCAGAGAUCUCCCACCUCAGCGUGGGUUCUAUCUUACUUGUCACGUUUGCAUCACUGGUUGCUGUUUAUGUUGUUGGGGGGUUCCUAUACCAGCGACUGGUUGUGGGAGCCAAAGGAAUGGAGCAGUUUCCCCACUUAGCCUUCUGGCAGGAUCUUGGCAACCUGGUAGCAGAUGGCUGUGACUUUGUCUGCCGUUCUAAACCUCGAAAUGUGCCUGCAGCAUAUCGUGGUGUGGGGGAUGACCAGCUGGGGGAGGAGUCAGAAGAAAGGGAUGACCAUUUAUUACCAAUGUAGAUUGCACUUUUUAUGACCAGCCUCUUCCUUGGUCCCCCAAACCAAAGCUACAUAGCCAGAUUUCUCAAGCAGUCUCAACUCCAGUCUCUCAUCUCACCCUUACUACUGCUCUUGCUUUCCAGUUUGCUUUUAAUUUGCAUCUUCUCACUAGUAGAACUGCCUUCUCUUUGUUCUCAAUUUUCUGUUUUUUCUCUAGAGAGGUACAGUUGUGAGAGUUAAUAUAACAGGGCCUGUGAAAACAAAGGCUUUUGCACUCAGAAGGUACAAUAGGCAUAUCAGCAGAUUGAUGUGACAGGCUCACUGGCCCUUGGUUUUUUAAACACAUUUUCACAAGUUUUUGAGACACUGGAUUUCUUUAAUUAAAAAAAAAAAAAAAAAAACACCAGAAACAUUAUUUAUACAGGUUUGAUUGCUUUCAUGUUGUUACUCUGUACCCUAUAGUAGUCUCCAUGAGAAUCUGGUAUUUCUUGCUGCUUGGAACUACUUUGCAGUGAUUACUUGGUUACAGUCCAAGUACUUUCGUUUAGUCUGAGCCUGGAGAUGUUCUAGACUUGCUUCUCCCACCUCUGGGAUUAGGACAGGAAAAAUGUGAAAUUUCCCUAUUACAGGAUCAUAAGGUACCAUCACAUCAUUUGUGGAAAUUGGGGUGACUUUAUAGCUGGGACUGGGCCAUGGAUUGUGGUCUUAUCUGUCCAUAUAUAGCCUCUCCAGAAAUCCAGUCCAUUGGAAAGGAAAAUUGGAACUCCUGUGCCACAGGUGUUCCAGAAAAGUGAAGUCCGUUUACCUUGUGGUGGUGGGAUCCUGAUGGCUUUCUUCUCCCGUUUGUAGUAAAAGCUGGUAACGCUUUUCUUACUCCUGUUUCCCUAUGCCAGUAUUUCUAAACAUAUGUCGCACUUUCUUCACAGGCAUGUGGUUUUGACCUUUUUUUCAAUCUUCUGGAAAGGGAAUGGAAGCAGAAGUGGGACAUCGAGGGCUCUGCUGUCCUCUGCACUGGGUGUGGAAUGCUGCUGCACCUGUCCCUUCUGCUGGCUCAGGGAAGUGUCUUCUUGCCCACAUUUCUGUGGGGAAAGGUUUUUAAUCCUCUGAUGCUUCCAUCUUCCUGUUUAGGCCAUGUGCCCAGAAACCUGGACUGAUCUUUCUGUAAUAGUGAACCCCUGGGCCACGGAAGAGUAACAUGGCUCCACUGGACACAAAAGAGGAAUGGAAUCAAUAGGCAGGGGGCCUUUUACAAGCCUUAGGAAAAGAAAAUGGUAUCUUUGGACUUUUCAAUACUAUUGGAGUGAUUUCUUUUCUUUCUAAACGGGAAAUAAUGUUAUAAAAGCAUCUUUUUUGUUACUUGUUAGCAUCCCUCCCCAACACCCUGGUGUUUUAAAAUGAAAAAAAAUAUAUAUCACUUUUUGUACAAAAACUCUUAAUGAUUAAAAAAACAAAACACA